CCCAUGUGUGCUCGGCGCCGUCAUGACAUGGUGAAUACGUACAGGUCCUCAUCAUGGCCUUCUUCACUCUGCCGCCGAAACAGUCCAAGGCACUGCCCAUCGUCAACCCCGAAACUGGUCAAGACACGAUCCCGCUGCCAACAACGCACUUUAAGCAUGGGGCCCCGAAUUCACAAACCAAAAAGUCACACAAGACACAAGCAACACUCGCACAAGGCCUUUGGUUUCCUUCACCACCCGCCGAAACCUAUCCAGCUUUUGACGCCGACGAACAGUACGCUCGGGGCUUCGACGUCUACGCACCCACCUUCGUGCCAGCCGCCCUGAAGCAGAUCAACGAGUACGCCGGCACUGUUAUCGAUACCUUCCCAAAGACACAUAUCGAUUACCUCCAGUACAUCUCGGGCAUCUUGCCCGCCAGUCUUUUGCCCGCCCUUCCUCGGCCCCAGUUCGCCGACGAUCUCUCCUCCGAAACACCCCAUCUCUCACCACAAUGCUACGAGAAAUACUUUCGGUCCUUGAUCGAGGUCGAGCUUGGUUACCAACGAAAGGAGAACGCGUCUUAUGCGCUAUACGGCCACACAGGAAUCCUCAAGUUCAAUGACCCAGACGAACCGACGGUAACCAUCACCGUCCCAGGACUUCGCGAGAACACUCCAAACGUCCAAGUGGACGACGAGGUGCAGCUGCGCCAGUUACGCUUCGACUAUGGCGGCCACUUCGAAUCCAGCUUUUUCCCAUGGACCGGAUACAUCUACAACGCCCGCGUUUCCGCAGUGGUCAGAGCAACCGAGACUCUGGUCUUGCGGGUAGCCGGAAUCACCUAUCACACGGCUGAAGUCGUUACUCCAACCAUGAUUCCGCCUUGGCCGACAGAGUUUGUGGUCAAGUUCAACAUUCAGUUCUUCGUACCCAUGGUCCGGUAUACGCCCAUGAUGGACGUGCUGCCCCACAUCACGCAGUCGCUGGAUCUGGCAGAACAAGUCCUUAAAAACGACUUUGAUGCGCUGGAUUCCUUCAUCGACGAGGUCACUCAUAACGGCUCCGCGAGACCCAAGGCGGAUGAGUUGUCCACCACGAACGUUUACUGGAAACAGUCCAUGCUGUUCCCCACGGAAGCAGACUGCAAUUCCCAGACCCACGUUGUCAACUGGCUGGAGCACUACGACAGUACACGAUUCGACGAGUCUUUGAACUACGAACAGCGCAUAGCUGUCGACUCAGUCCUGUGCCAGAACUACGGCACCAUGCCCUAUCUCGUCUCGGGUCCUCCCGGAACAGGCAAGACCAAGACCAUGAUCGAAAUUGCCCUCCAGCUCGUCCGCAAUGUCCCCAAUUGUGCCCAUAUACUCGUCUGUGCCCCAUCCGAACCAGCAGCCGACACCUUGGCCGAUCGGCUCUCCAAGUCCAUGAGUCGCAACGAGCUUCUUCGUCUCAACCGGCCAACCCGGGACUCACGAGAGGUGUUGAGCAACCUCCUUCCCUAUUGCUACAUACAAAAUGACGUUUUUGCGCUGCCUCCCUUCGCCCAACUCAUGUCUUACCGCAUCAUUGUCACCUCUUGCCGAGACGCCUCCAUGCUGAUGUACGCGCGUCUGGCCAAUUCGGAUCUGUUCACCGUCUCCUCCACCUUGCAUCAACAAAUCCAUCCUACCUUGCCACCCCCUUCCAAAGCCCGUCUACACUGGGGCGCCCUCCUAAUCGACGAAGCCGCCCAAGCCAUGGAGCCCGAAGCCCUCAUCCCCCUCCACGUCGUCUCCCCUCCUCUCAAAGGUCCCGAACCGCUCUUUACCCCCCUCAUAAUUAUGGCCGGCGACGAACAACAACUCAACCCACGCACCUCCUGUCCCUCCACCCUUCUCCAAGAAUCCCUCUUCGCUCGCCUCUUCAAGCGACCCGUUUACGCCAACCACCCCUUAGCCCGGCGCCUCGCCAAAGACGCUCAGCCGCCCAAACAGCAAUACCAACUCCACCCGGACUUACUCCCCAUCUUACGCCCGCCCUUUACCAAUCUCAUCAGAAACUACCGCUCCCACCCUGCCAUUUUGGCGAUGCCUUCCAAACUCUUUUACUUCGACACUCUCGUCGCCGAAGCCGAUCGCCACGAACGCAACCGACUGAAAUCCUGGCCCGGGUGGCGCGGUCGUCGCUGGCCUAUCUUGUAUCAUGACAACCCCUCCCCCGACGACUUGGAAGCCCCCUCGCCCGAGUCUCCUUCCUCAACAGCCACCACCGGAGGCUGGUUCAACGUCGGUGAAGCCCACUUGGCAUGUGCGGCUGAUACGCAGCUUGAUCAGGAGUGA